UCAAUAUUUUUAUCAUUUUUUCGAAAUGAAAAUCAAUUUUUUGAACCCGGUUUUGAGUUAAAAUCUGACUUAUUCGAAUUAAAUAUCAUGAAGAAUUAAUCCCAUCAGUUCUUUAACCUUCAAAGUAUCACUUUAAAUCAUUAAACCAUGAAUUCGCUGUUCAGAUUAGCCAGAUUAACUAGUCGCUUGAACACCCCAUAUUUGCCAUGCUACACUCGUGUGCAGACUUUAAAAAAUUCAUUCAGACCAGUGUUGAAAGCUCUGACCAGCAGGAAGAACAGACUUGGCCCUGAGAAACCGACCCAUCGAAACACUUUCUUAGAAUGGAAUUACGAUGCCGAAUUAUACUCAUUUGGUAAAAGAUUGCAAGAAAAUUUCGAGCCAGCUUUAUUACAAAGAGCUUUAACCGAACGAUCUUAUAUACACAAAUUACAAGAUGAACAGAGAAACGUAGGAAUAGAAGUGGAUCCUGAGGAUUCUACAAAUGCUCAAGAUAAUAGUGAAAUGGCCGAACGGGGUCACCAGUUGAUCGAAGAUUUCGUUAUUUUAUAUACCAGACAUGUAUUGCCUUACUUUCCAGAAGAAGGAAUUCAAGCUGUAAAGAAGUACCUACUUAAUACCGAAAUACUAUCUCAUAUUAGUUCCAAUAUAGGUGUAUCGGAAUUAAUACUUACGAGUGAAUUUCCGGUGAUAGACGAUACCCUUAGUAGAGUAUUCAAAGCUUUGAUUAGCGCUCUUCACGACACCUCAGGAGCAGAACGAUCGUCUUUAUUCAUACGAGACUUCGUUGUGGCCCAAUUAGCUCAGACGCACAUUAACGACUUAUGGACAAUCGAAGAUCCCAUUUCAGCUCUGAAUAAAAUUUGUCAAAAUGAAGGCAUCAGUAAACCCGAACCUAGACUUGUUGGCGAAACUGGUAGAAAUACAUUGUUGGCUUGUUAUCGAGUUGGACUUUACGUUGAUAAACAAUUGAUCGGAUUAGCGCCCGGCGAAUCAGUGAAAAUAGCUCACGAGAUGGCAGCUACCGACGCUCUCCGAAGAUUAUUCAGAACAUCCGAGCAUCAGUUACAAAUACCAUUCGAUUUAGUUCUCGAUCCGAGUGCUCCAAGUGUACCAAAUAUCAGCCUUAGCGAAUGGAGCGAAAAGAAAGUCGUCGAACGACUUGAACAGGUUAAUCCACCAGUAAAAAAAAUCGCCCAAUGUUAAAAAAAACCACGUGUAAAUUUGUAAUAUUAAAAAAAUUCUACAAUUA